AUGAUAAAAAGCUCGGUUCCCCUGGCCAUACUUGCGGCAGCUGCUAUCGGACCUGUGUAUGCGCUUCCUGGAAGGAGCCAAUCCGUGGUAAAUGCGAGAGAUUCUACUAUUACAUCUAGUACUCCUGCUACAACUAGUGCCCAUAUUACAACUACAGAGGCGGCAGCUGUUGCCACCGAAACCAUCAUCAUUGCAGCUCUCGGCGAGGGUGAGCAUAUUGCAGAUGGAAAUUCAAAGUGGUUGACCUACUGGAUCACUUCAGGGGCAGAACCAGACUGGUGCAAUGAUGCAAACUCUAGCCACACAAUCACGGAUGUCACUGUCAAGAACAAUGACCCGCCACCUACCAUCUUCUACGGCAGUGAUGACAAUGACCCUGACUAUAUGGAUGGCUGCUCAUUUGAUUCUGCUGCAGCCACCUGGGGAUGUUCUGGUUGGAGUGCCAGUUGUGAUUUGAUGCAGACAGCACUAAACCGCCGAAUUAACAUUGCGGGCAACAUUCUUCACGGUAAAGCGCUGGCUACAUGUGAUAAAAUGGAGGUUUUGGAACUUUACCAAUGUAUUCGAAAUUCAUCCUCGUCCACGGCCUCACAAACUAUCGAAGCCCCUACCUCUGCUACGACAACUACGGCAAACCCGGCGUACACCGCAUCCUGCAAUCAAAAAUAUAAGGAUUUGAGCCAUUGGAAAUCGGAAAACAUGGAUGACUUCCUCAAGGAGUUGUGA